AUGGGGCUCGGUGUCUUGGAAGAUACCAAACUUCCGCAUGUGCCUGGUACCGUACUCUUGAACGACGAAGCUGCCCAUGCAGAAGCUCAGACGGCGAACCUCAAGCAUGGGACCGGCAAGAACUCCCAUAUCGUGCUUUCUCCGCAACCAAGCGAUGAUCCGAAUGAUCCACUCAACUGGUCUCUUUUGAAGAAAGAGGCUAUCAUUUGGAUUCUCUGCUUCGGUGCGAUGUUAAACGCGGCAACGAAUGGUCCUUUCUUGAACGCUUCAUACUUUGCCAUUGCCCAGGAAAUCAACACUGAUCUUACGACCACAGUCAUGGUCUCAGGCUACAACAUUCUCGCGGCCGGCUGCGCUGGUCCUUUCGUCUGUGCAUUUAGCCGUAGGUAUGGCAAACGGCCUGUAUUCAUUGUGUCGACUCUCUUCUGCAUCAUCGGAACCGCAAUCGGCGAAGCGAAAAUAAGUUACAAUUACCUCCUCGCGGCUCGAAUUGUGCAGGGUUUCUCGACCAGCGCGUUUGAGUCCCUGAUAGUCGCGGCCGUGGGAGAUCUCUACUGCGUGCACCAGCGAGGGCUACGAAUCUCAACCAUCAACUUCAUCCUGAACUCAGCGUCUAGUUUGGCUUCGAUCAUCUGCGGUCAAGUCUUCAACGACUUGGGUCUCCUCUGGCUUUUCCACCUUUUCCAGAUAUUCCUGGUUGUUCAGUUCGUCCUCAUGUUCCUCUUCGUCCCGGAGACAACAUAUCGUCGCGAAUCGAUGUACGACACUGACAUCGUCAGAGAGGAGACAUUCGAUCAAAUUGAAAAAGCUCAUGAAGAGCACCGUGAGCACGCUAUUGGCGUCAAAGAGCUGAACGAAUCCUCUACAGGCUCCUCGCGCUACCCCCCAAAAAAGACAUUUGUCCAGGAACUCAAGCUCUAUAACGGCAUCUUCUCCCACGACAAUAUUCUCAAGUGGGUCUUCGGUAUGUUCCUGACCCUGCUCAACCCGGCUGGAUGCUACUCCAUCAUUGUCUCGGGUCUCCUCUGUGCUUGGUAUGUCGGCUCAGCUAUCAUCCUCGCGGGCAUCUUUGCGGGCCCACCCUGGUUGUUUGAUCCUGCCCAGAUUGGCUAUAUUGGAGCUGGGCCCUUCAUCGGUGGAAUGAUUGGGUCCAUCAUUGUGGCGCUGACCGGGGAUCGAGUGGUGAAGUGGAUGACCAUUAAGAACAGAGGCACUUAUGAACCUGAAUUCCGACUCGUAUUUAUGCUUCCCUGCGCAGUGUUUUCCGCCUUUGGCAUGUUCUUCUUCGGCUAUACCAUGGCCCACGGCUCCAACGCUGUCCUCUGCGCCUUCUGUCAAGGCCUGAUGAUGGUCGGUGUCCUCAUUGGCGUAUGGUCGACCAUGUCCUAUGGGCUCGACGCCUUCCGUAGCCAGAGCAAUGAAAUGUUCGUGAUGAACAUGUUCUUCAAGAACUUCAUGUUUUAUGGCCUUUCCAAUUUCGCCAACAACUGGGUCGCUGCUAAAGGUCCUGAGGAGAUUAUGUUCACAUUUGGCGGAACCACCUUGGCAAUGUGCAUUCUUGCCAUCCCCGUGUAUAUAUUUGGCAAGAGACUGAGGAGUUGGUGGACCAGACAUGAUCUCUUCGUCUUCUUCGGCAUGCAGGCCAGCGGACCAGAGUCACACAUGGGCUAA